CGCAGCCUGGGGUGGACGCGUGGACAACUCGAGGGCGUAUGCAUCAAAUUUCAACACAUGCUUCUGGGUCAAAUUGACGAGCUACCCUGGCUAAUACUCGUAUGCAUUUGAAGGAUCGUCGGUAAUGUCUGUCAGCUGAUAUUACUCUGCUUCUUAGGUCUAUCUGUGCAAUAUGUUAUCAGACCUGUAUCUCCAAGCCUCUUUAUGCGGCAGUAGAUGCGAGUCGAUAUUAGCUGCCAUCGAUUGCACUGCCGACGCGUCAUGGAUCCAUGGCUAUCAUUCUCCACAGUCCGGAAGCCUGGUUUCAUCAGCAACUGCCGCCUUGUCUUAUCUAGUUGCCGGUGGAAUUGAAUCUUAGGAGGGGCAGCUCGGCCCAG